AUGCCUCCACAGCCCACUCAACCGCCUCCAAUGCACACUAUCUCAUAUCCCGGCCAGCAGCAGCACUACACGCAGCAGUAUGCGCAGCAGCAGUAUCAACAGAACUAUCAGCGACAGAGGCAGAUGCAAGGAGGAAGAGGCGUUGGGAUGAGCCAUGGCAUCGGCGUUCCAGCUCCGCCCAUUCCUCAAUCUCCAUCCGCGGCAGGCAUGAAUGUGCAGGGGGCCGGAGGCAGGUAUGGAGCGGUAGGGAGGGGAGCUCAGCAGGCCUACGGCUAUGGCACCAACUCGCGCGCGUCUCCUCGAUCACGCCAGGCAGCGACCAAGGCAGGAGCAUACACGCAAGGGGCGGGAGUCGGGUUGGUGGCGGGAGGAGACGCGGCUAGUAGGGCAGCGGCAGCGGCACGAGCACAGGCGAACGAGCCAAUGGACUACGAGUUUUUGGAUCUGAUCAGUGAGAUACUGAGACUGAUCGAGGAGGGGUUCUCUGUGAACUCGGAGGUGGUGAAGACCAAGGUUGAAGCUCUGCAGAACAAGUUCAACCGAGCAAAGGGGCUGCUGGAGGCGAUGGACGGGGCUGAGAUGACGCCGCAGAUGCAAGAUGAUGUGUAUGAGAUAUAUCAGAAGCGAUUGAAUCAUCUGAAUGGAAUGAUGGCUUCCUAUUCGAAGCUGCCGCUGUUCAGCGAGGAGAGUUGA